ACCUCGGUCUAAGUCGAGUCUAACUUGCGCAAAAUUUAGACUCCGCCUAGGGGUAGUUUAAACCAUGGUUUAACUUUCAAAAUGGCUGAUCUGCUUGCUGCCUUGCGACGGGGAGAGCAAAUGCUCGAGCUGAAUAAUCAAGAAGAAGAGAUCGAGAGGCCGUUGGUGGAAAGGAAAAACCCCUUUCAUAUUUAUGAGAACAACGAUUUUCUGCAGCGGUAUCGCUUCACUAAGCACACUGCGUUACACAUUAUUGAAGAACUUACGCCAGCUUUGGAGAGACACACGAGUCGCACUAAUGCGGUGCCAGUGCACCUUCAAGUGCUCACCGCCAUGCGUUUUUACGCAGUUGGCACGUUCCAAUUACUACAUGGUGAUGAGUGUGGUCUGUCUCAGAGUUCUUUGUCACGGAUAAUAGUUCAAGUGUCAACUGAAAUUGCUCGAUGGCGAAGAAGGUACAUACACUUCCCGAAUACACCUGAACAGGUGGCACGUACUCAAGAAGAAUUUUUCCAAUACUGCGAUUUUCCAGGUGUAGUUGGUGCUAUUGACUGCACCCAUGUGCCUAUCAGAUGCCCUGGUGGAGAAAAUGCACAGAGAUUUAUCAACCGAAAAGGGAGGUUCUCUGUCAACGUCCAGGCAGUAUGCAAUCACAAUGGACUGCUAAUCAACCUUGUUGCUAGGUGGCCAGGAGGAACUCAUGAUUCCAGAAUAUUUAGAGAAUGCCAACUGAAAGAAAAUCUUGAACGAGAAAGUCAUGAAGAAAAAUGGCUUCUUGGCGACAGUGGAUAUCCUUGUCAGCCGUAUCUUAUGACGCCAAUUCAAAAUCCAGUGGGAAGGGGAGAAAUCAGAUAUAAUAGAGCUCAAGUCAGAGGUCGCAACAUAAUUGAACGAACAUUUGGAAUGAUGAAAAGAAGGUUUCCCUGCAUGAACGAGCUUCGCUUGAAGCUCAAUACAACCCUUAUAACAAUUGUAGCAGUAGGUGUUUUAUGGAACUUGUCAAUUUUGCGGAACGAACCAGAGAUUGCAGGUCCAGAUGGAAUCCAAGUUCCAGGUGAUCAACUUCCUCCUCCAGGCAUGAAUAAUGUGGCUGGUCACCUGAGAAGACAACGGAUCAUUCAAGAUAAUUUUGUAUAAUCACACUUUGUCCGCUUUAUCUAAUGAUGUUCAAUUGAAUGAGGAAUACUUGUCUGAAUGUGCUCUGCAUAAUGCUUAACAUUACUCUCAUAACAAUAGUAGCAGUGGAUGUGCUAUGGAACUUGUCAAUUUUGCGGAACAUCCGUUAACAUACUGUAUAUCCUUUUCAACCAUACCUUAUGACACCAAUCCAAAAUCCAGUGGGUAUAGGGUAGAUUAGGUACAACAGAGUUCACUCAGAUUGCGAUAUCAUUGAGUGUGUUUUUGGGUUGACAAAGAGGAUAUUUCCUUGUCUGAAUGUGCUCUGCAUAAUGCUUAACACUACUCUCAUAACAAUAGUAGCAGUAGAUGUGCUAUGGAACUUGUCAAUUUUGCGGAACAUCCGUUAACAUACUGUAUAUCCUUUUCAACCAUACCUUAUGACACCAAUCCAAAAUCCAGUGGGUAUAGGGUAGAUUAGGUACAACAGAGUUUACUCAGAUUGUAAUAUCAUUGAGUGUGUUUUGGGGUCGAUGAAGAAUUUGUUUCAAGGUAGCAAUAUUAACAACAAAAUGAGAAAACAUGGUAAAUGCAGAUGAACAAGAGACGCUUUCCCAUGACAAAUAUUUAAUUAGAAUCUUGCUGGUUUUGCAUGAGAUCUAGUUUCCUUUGCUGCACUUUAUUCUUCAUUUGUAGUAUCUCCAUCUUGACCUUUUGCUGUUCCUCGAGGUAACCAAGUUUGAUCCUCUGUUCAUCUUCAAGGAACUUCAUUCUCUGACGAUGUUCCUCUAUUUUCAGACAAUGUUCCUCUUCAGCAUGUAAUUUCAGGGUUUCUUCAAGGCUGGGUGAUGAAGUUGUUGCUGCAGGAGUUGACACCCUUCUCUUUGUUUGUGAAUUCCUAUGUCAUAUGAAGCCAAACCAUCAAUUGUUACUGCAUAUUUUUAAAUUGCUGUUUGGGAAACAUUCAUUUUAUUGUAUGAUGUGUGAACUGGAACAAGUUUUCAACUCUGACAUAAUGAAAUAAUCUUAUCUUAAGUGUUAUAUGCCAUCCUAAAUUAUGACUGCACUCUCCUCAUAUGUAAAAGAAUAAAGUGUACUCAAGUCUGAAAAUUAAGGGAUGUGCUUUACCCUUUCGGAUUUAAUGCAUGAGGUAAAUAUUUUGCCAAAUUGUUUUUUUUUUUGCAGAAACAUCUUUUUGUUGCAAUGGAGACCUGUUCUUACACACAGGUUUGAAAAUAUUGAAAUAACUUUGAUUUCAUGUAAUAAAAUAUGGAAAGGGAAAGUGAGGACAUGACAUCAAUUUACUACCUAAUACAUAUUCACGAGUGCUAAAACAUGUAAUUGUUUUCACCAAAUAGUGCCGAACUUUAAAAUUCAAUAUUUUCAUUUCUUUUGAUUAAAGUUUCAGUGUUUUCCUUAUUUUUUUUAAAUUCAUAUUUUAUUGAUCUUUUUCGACCAGAGGUAAUUUGUUGAUGUUAAAUUAAGAUUUCAUCAUGUUCAGCCCAGAGUAUCCCUUUAAACUUUAAACAAUGUAAUCAAAUAAUUAUAGCAAAAAGCUGUAUAGAUAUUUAGAAAGAAAUUCUGUAUUUAAAUGAAUUAAUUGUAAAAUGCAUUCUGUGAGUUCUUUCAUAAGUGCAAUGAAUGUUAGAUUCAAAUAUUUUUCUAGUAUCUUGAUGUUUCUAUAUUCAUAUUUAUCUAUAUUAUCUAUCAGAAAUCUUUUCUUAUAGGAAUAUUAGGAAAUAUUAUUAGAAAUUGGAAAUGAAAAUUACCGUUUUACAGGAGUGACAUCAAUAGAGGUACUGCGAAGGGCAUCAGUGCUGGCAGAGGUGAUAGAGGGGUGGAUGAUGUUAGCAUCUGUGGUUGUGGACAGUGUUGGCUGAACCAAGUCACUUCUGCAAGAUUUAACAUUGUGCUGUGUUAAGAGAGCUGAAUGAAUUCAAAUACUCAAAUAAUGAAAU